GCGUAUUGCGAUUAUUUUGGCUAACGUUAUAUAGGCUAACGUUAGGCCCUAUUACGUUACGUUAUUAGCCCAACAUUACGUUACUUACUUGCUUUAUUUGAGCAUUAACGUUGCUAAUAAGUAUGUUUUUACGUAUGAAGCUAAUGGGGAAAUUUAGUUUCUAGUUAAACGCAAAGUUAGCCUGUAAAAAUUACUUUUUCCACACUGUAAGGCUUAUUGCAUAAUAUUGUAUGCUCGUUAACGCUUCAGUGAAGCCAUAGGCCUAACCUUACUUUUAUUGACAUAUCUAUGGCACCAAAUACAUAUCCCUUGUCUGCAUCCCAUGUUCACUGAUGUGUUUCUGUCUUUUAGGCUGUGAUAAGAAGUACAGGUUGCACUUUGCUUUAUGUAAUAAUUGCCAAAUAUUUUGAUUUCAGAUAUGGGAAAAACAGUUAAGACCACACGUUCCAGGAGCGUUAAGAUUAAGGUGGUGAGGAGGUGUAUCGUUGGCCCUGCAAAGGUUUCUUACCUUAGUCAAGGUCUUCCCCAGCCCAACUCCAAACAGACCGACCCGACUAUUACAUCUCAACAGGCUGAACCCGAUGAUGUGGCACCGAGCUGUAGUUCUUGUUCUGAGAGUGCAUACAGUAAGGCAAAGAAGAGAGAGCUACAUGCCUGGGAUGCAGUCAAGGAUGACAUGCUUAAGGUGUCAUUUGAAUGUUCAGCACCAAUCGCUACCCAGUGUGUUGUCUGUCUAGAACAUGCUGAUUACAGGUGCAUUGAGUGCAGCAGCACUGCAGUGUUUUGUGAGGGUUGUCUGAAGAGGACUCACAGAAAUUCACUGCAUCUUUCUGAUAAGUGGAAUAAUGUCUACUAUGAGCCAUCCUCCCUGGGGUUAUUCCUAUAUUUACCUGAAGGCCAUAGCACCCAUGCUGUGUACACAAAGGACAUGAAGGUCAUUGUCAGCACAGGACGGCUCUGCACCGUCACAGUCAAUAUGUGUGCAUGUGAACCAGAAACCUGUACUUUGCUCAGGUAUGGUCUCUGGCCGGCAACAGCCGACAAGCCCCACACAGCCUUCUCCAUACCUCUGCUAGAGCUUUUUGUUUGUCUGUCACUGGAGUGUCAGGUUUCUGUUGAGGGUUUUUGCAACACCCUGCGCUGGAAAAACAACCUCACACUUGCAGAGGUUAACACACUCUACAGAGCCCUGGUGGGAGAAUCCAUAUCCCAUUUUAGGCAUCACCACUUCCGACAAAGAAGUUUGGUAGAUAUUUGCCCACAAUUAGAUGAUGGGACCAUAUGCCCAGCAUGCCCAAAGGUUGGUUCUAGCUCCAGCGUGGUUCUUGUUCGAUUAACCUGAUUGCA